AUGUCCUUAAAACUUAGCUGCUACUGUCAUGAUUGUUAUGUAAUUAUGUAGUUGUCAAAGGUAGUUUACUUAAUUAACCAAUCAAUCACACCGUUUAUAUCAGGUUAAAGUUUUGUCGUUAAAGGUUUAGACACGAUAGAAUAAAUCCAUUCUUCUAUCCAAACGUCUGGUCUGAUCUUUACAUGGUGUCAGACGUGGGAUCUCUCUAAAAUGGAUAAAUUAGACCCUCCAGAGCCACUCUCUUUUGAAGGAAACGUACGAGAAAACUGGAGAAGAUGGAAACAAGAGUUUGAGUUAUACCUAGCAGCCACUGAGAGUGAUGAAAAAUCUGAAAAAGUUAAAUCAUCUAUCCUACUCACUUGUAUUGGAAAAAGGGCUCGUGAAAUUUACAACACCUUCACCUUUCAGACCGAGGAAGACAAGAUAGGAUUGUGUGCGGAACGACUGACAACAAACUUCGUGAGCAUUACCUACGAGAAACAGAUCUCAAGUUGGAGAAGGCCAUUUUACUUGGUCGCGCUGCUGAGGAAUCGAGAAAACAUGCUGAAGAACUCAAACAUGCCUCGAAACCUACUCCAGUCGAUAUGGUCGGCCAAGGGGCGAUACCCAAGACAAACAAAGGCCCGACACCAGAGUACUUUCCUAACUGCAAAUUUUGCGGUCGUGGACAUAAUCGUGGAAAUUGCCCAGCAUACGGAAAGCUAUGCAACGAUUGUGGUGCUCCAAAUCACUUCGCCCAAUGCUGCCCUAAAAAACAACGCAGAUUCAACCCUCAACAAGCACGCAACAGGCCGAUUCGUGAAAUCACUCGUCACCCCGACCUCAGAGAGGAUGAAUGGGAGAAUUUUGUCGGUGCGAUAACUGUGGAAAGUCUAGGGGAAGAGAAAGAUGUCAACGAAACGACUCUACACUCAAACAAUGCAGAAGAUGAGGUACUGGAAUGGUCUGUCAUUUUGGAAUCAAAUGGAACUAACAUCAACUACAAACUUGACACAGGCAGUCAAGUCAAUAUUCUUCCAAGAAAGGAAUACACUACACUCAUCCACAAACCUAAGCUACAUCCAGCAAAAGUGAAGCUCACCGCCUACAAUGGCACCGACAUACCAGUCGUCGGCAAGUGCAUCGUCACUCUGAAGAACGGAUACCAAGAAUACAAAGUUCUCUUCAUUGUGGCAGAAAUGGAUUCUGUCCCACUCCUAGGACUGAACACUUGCAAGAAACUCAACCUCAUUAACCGUGUAAUGACUGUAGAUUGUGAGUACUCUAGUUUAAUUAAUGAGUAUAGCGAUUGCUUUGGUGAAAUAGGUAGUUUAUCUAAAGUUCAUCACCUAACCAUAGAUGGGAAUUUCUCCCCUGUUAUCCAAGCGCCUAGGAAAGUUCCCUUUGCCUUGCGUGAGAAAUUGAAAGAUGAGCUUGACCGCAUGAUGCGCCUCGGCAUCAUAGAUAAAGUUGACGGGCCCACUGAUUGGGUUUCUAAUCUCGUGAUCGUUGAGAAACCUAAUGGAAAACUGCGUGUGUGCCUUGACCCUCGAGAUCUUAAUCAAGCGAUAAAGAGGCAACACUACCAGCUACCCACUGCCGAAGAUAUUCUUUCUCAAAUGGCCGGCGCGAAGUACUUCUCAAAAUUAGAUGCGUCUUCGGGUUACUGGCAAUUAAAGCUUGACGAAGAAAGUUCAAAACUGCUCGCCUUUCACACACCGUUUGGUCGCUACAAAUUUAAGCGUCUUCCGUUUGGCGUUAACUGCGCAUCGGAAAUCUUUCAAGCCGAAGUGACAGAAAUCUUAGAGGGUUUAGAGGGAUGUGCAAACGCACAAGACGACAUUGUGGUCUGGGGCGACACAAAAGAUAACCAUGAUCGGCGGCUCAAGAAUGUUCUCUCAAGGAUUCGCUUUUCCGGUCUUAAAUUGAAUAGAUCGAAGUGUAUUUUUGGAUCUAACCAAAUAACGUAUCUCGGUCAACUCUUGACCUCCGAAGGCGUAAAAGCUGAUCCACGGAAAGUAUCAGCAAUUCUCGACAUGCCCGCCCCGGAGAAUAAGUCCGACCUUCAGAGAUUUCUCGGCAUGGUCACAUACCUCGGAAAAUUUGUGCCCAACCUUUCAGAGGUUUCUGCUCCGCUUAGAGUAUUGUUGGAAAAAGACAUAGUAUGGUCUUUUGAUACUCCACAGCAACAGGCAUUCCAAGAAUUGAAAUUGAUAAUAACCAAUGCCCCGGUCCUCAAGUACUUCGACCCAAAACUGCCAAUCAAGGUAUCAUCUGACGCGAGCAAAAGUGGUCUCGGUGCCACUCUAGAGCAAAAACAUGGCGACAACUGGUAUCCAGUCGCAUUUGCAAGUCGAUCAAUGACCUCGUCGGAAACCAACUAUGCCCAAAUUGAAAAGGAGAUUCUCAGUAUAGUUUUUGCCUGCGAGCGUUUCAAUGAUUUUCUCUACGGUCAGCGUUUCUUAGUCGAAAACGACCACAAGCCUUUGAAAGAUAUCUUUCAAAAACCAGUGCUCAAAUCUCCUCCUCGAAUUCAACGAUUCCUACUUCGCUUACAGAAGUACCAGUUCACAAUGAACUACAUUCCCGGUAAGGACAUGGUGGUCACAGACACGCUAAGUCGUGCAUAUCUCAGUAACACAUCAACACCUGAGAUUGAUACCUCUGACAUGACACGCUAUGUUCAUUUCGUAAUAUCGAAUCUUCCGAUUAGUGAUGACAAGCUUCUCGAGUUUCAGCGCGAAACCUCACGCGAUCCUGCUUUAGAGAAACUCCGGGGGUAUACAGAAAACGGAUGGCCCCAGGAGAAAAAAGAUGUUGAUUCUCUUGUACAUCCAUACUACAAAUAUCGCGAUGAAAUCACUGCUGCAAAUGGUCUGCUUCUGCGAAACGAGCGCAUCAUCGUUCCUACUACAAUGCGCCAAGAAAUGCGUACAAAAAUACACGCAGGCCACCUGGGUAUUGAAAAAUCUAAAGCGCGAGCAAGAGAAGUUCUCUUUUGGCCAGGCAUGUCAACUGAAAUAACAGAUAUGAUAGGAAAUUGUAGCAUCUGUUUAGAAUAUAGAAACAAGCAACAAAAAGAGCAUUUAAUCCCUCACGAAAUUCCCGAUCAACCCUGGAUAAAAAUUGGUGUUGAUCUGUUUAACUUAAAGAAUAAGAAGUAUCUACUAGUAGUAGACUACCACUCUAAGUUUUUUGAGGUUUGCUUGUUAGCAGAUACCUUAAGUUCAACUAUUGUAACUCACAUGAAAUCAAUUUUUGCACGGCAAGGAAUACCAAAGAUUGUAGUUUCUGACAAUGGUCCACAAUUUUCCUCCUAUGGCUUCGCCACAUUUGCCAAGCAGUGGGACUUCAACCAUGUCACGUCAAGUCCCACAUAUCCACAAAGCAAUGGUAUGGCUGAACGAACUGUGCAGACAGUCAAAAAUCUCAUCAGAAAAACACUGCAAGAUGGUGAAGACCCAUAUUUGGCGCUCCUCAAUUUUCGCACAUCUCCUACAGUGGAUGGUGGUCCUUCACCAGCUUUCAAGCUCAUGCAACGAAACCCAAGAACCUUACUACCAUCUGCAAAGCCAUACCGCGUCAAAGCCCCUAACUAUUCAUCAGCAUACUACAAUCAAGGUGUAAAGUCCCUACCAAGCCUAAGCGCACACGAUACUGUCAGAAUCCAAAACGGAACCUCAUGGGCUACCAAAGGCAAAGUCAUUGAACCACUUGAAUAUCCGCCUCGGUCCUACACCGUCGAAACUGAAAGCGGACACAGACUUCGCAGGAACAGGCGUGACCUACUACGCACCAAAGAGGAGUUUACUCCAUCUCCAGACAUCGGCAUCGCUCAGCCUUCGACAAACACAUCCGUAGAACAAGAUCAACACUCCACUGACCUGCACUCCACUUACGGUGAGGAGCCAGAGCCAACACCCGGUCCAAUAUACACACGAUCCGGUCGACAAGUGAUCAGACCGAUCCGAUUUAAGGACUUUGUAUGAACACAUAGUUAUACAAUAUUAUAAACCUCAUAGUCGUAUACCAUAUAUAUAUACAACAUAUAUUCAACUGUUAUAGGAAAAUGGGGAUGUCAUGAUUGUUAUGUAAUUAUGUAGUUGUCAAAGGUAGUUUACUUAAUUAACCAGUCAAUCACACCGUUUAUAUCAGGUUACAGUUUUGUACUUAAAGGUUUAGACACGAUAGAAUAAAUCCAUACUCUAUCCAAACGUCUGGUCUGAUCUUUACAGCUACGUCGAGGGUGAAGAACGUGAUAAAUCAGUCGCUAAAAGCCAAGUACUGACGCCAAAACAGCGAGAUGAAAAUGGAGGCAACAAUUUGUUCUCUAGAGCUGUCUUUAACAACUGCAAUUUCACUUUCACCCCUGCUGAAGCUGGCUUCAGUUGGGAUAAUGCCGCCCCUCCAACGAAGAAAUUGAAGAGAAUUUUGCCCCUCAUUGACAGCGACGAUGAACUUUAA